AGUAGUAGCUUGCAUGAAUGCAUGCAUGCGUGCAUAAAGCAUAAUUCUCUACUAGAGCAUGGAGCACUGGUACUGGUUUGUAGGACUUGUUUGCUGCUUCCUCUCGUACUACCGUCGUCUCCAGUCCAAGAAAACAACCAAGGAGGAGCCGACGGAAUGGCCGCUGCUUGGCCAUCUCUUAUCCACGCUCGCCAACGUCUCCAACUUGCACGACUGGGCCACCGGCGUCCUGGCUACCACGCGCUACAACUUCGCAGCUCACAUGGGGCUCACCGGCGUCCGCUUCUUCCUUACCUGCGACCCAUCCAAUGUGCGCCACAUCUUCAUCUCCAACUCCAUCAACUACCCAAGGGGCGAGGAAUAUGCCGACAUCUUCGACGUCCUGGGCGACGGGAUCUUCAACGCCGACGGCGAGUCCUGGCGGCGGCAGCGUGCCAAGUCCCAGCUCAUCAUGGCCAGCCCUCGUUUCCGCUCCUUCUCCGCACGGUGCACCCGCGACAAGGUGGAGAGGAGCCUCCUCCCUUUCUUGGCGCACGCUGCCGACGUUGGCGCCCGUUGUGACCUGCACGACGUGCUCCUCAGGCUCAUGUUCGACAUGACAUGCAACCUCGUCUUCGGGGUCGACCCCGGCUGCCUGCAGAUCGGCCUCCCUUCCCUGCCCUUGGCACGCGCCAUGGACGACGUGCUGGAGACGCUCUUCCUCCGGCACGUCAUCCCACCGGCGUGCUGGAGGCUCAUGUACAGGUAUGGGUUUGGCCCGGAGAAGAAGAUGGCCGUGGCUCGUAGGAUCAUCGACCGGUUCGCCGCGGACACCAUCGUGAAACGCAGGUACUCCGGUCACAAGCUCCGCGGCGAGGGCAUCACCGAAUCCUCCGACAUACUGUCCUUCUUUAUAUGCAACGACGACGCAAGCGAACACAGCGACGAGUUCUUGCGUGACACCGCGGUGAACCUCCUGUUUGCCGGCCGGGACACCACCGGCGCCGUGUUAUCGUGGUUUUUCUACCUCCUGUGCGAGAACCCGCGCGUCGAGCAGAUGAUCCUCGACGAGCUAGCGCCGAUCGCUGCAAGGAAGAAGGUUGACGACAUGGUGGUGUUGGACGCGAGCGAGCUGAGCAGCAUGGUGUACCUGCACGCGGCGCUGUGCGAGUGCCUCAGGCUUUACCCGUCCGUGCCCAUCACGCACAAGGCGGCAACACACAACGACGUGCUCCCCAGCGGUCACGAGAUAAAGGCCGGCGACAAGAUACUUGUCUACUCCUAUUCUAUGGGCAGGAUGGAGGGCGUGUGGGGCAAGGACUGCAUGGAGUUCAGCCCGGAGAGGUGGAUCACCGACGACGGGAAGCUGAGGCACCAGCCGCCCUACAAGUUCAUCGCCUUCAACGCCGGUCCCAGAACCUGCCUCGGCAAGGAGGUAGCUUUCACGCAGAUGAAGACUGUCGCCGCCACCGUGCUGUGGAACUUCACCCUCGAGACCGUGCCGGGGCACACCGUGAAGCCCAAGCUGUCCAUCGUACUCCACAUGAAGAACGGGCUGGCGGUGACAGUGAAGAGGAGGAACUUCUUCACAGCCAAGCCUGGCUAGCUAGCAUACAUAAGACAUAUGUACAUGUGAUGUGUGACCACAAUACCUAUAUGUAAGUUGACUGGAUUUGUAAUUUUGGGUAAGUCGAUUAAUUAAUUAGAAGGAGAAUCUGUUAAACAAGUAUGAAAGCUUGAAGAAGGAGAAAGAAUUAUGGCCAAAUGAUAUUAGAAAGAAAUAAUAUUUUCACACAC